UGCCUCCCAUUUUGCUCGAUGCACUCGCACAUCCACGCUACUCCCUGUCGGUGAAUCUGCUCACCCGCUCACCCCUCCACUGCCUGCUCUCCGAAGGCCGUCCACGCCCUUUCGAGGCCUUCCUUUUCCCCUCCCUCUCCUGCUCCUCCUCCCAACCCAGCCUCAGGCUAAACCCAUUCUAGCAGGUCCUCGGCGAGGAUGAACUUCUUCCAAGUGAAAAAGUCUCACCAGAUCGACCAAUCGGUCAAGGAGUGCUUUCAAAGGCUCUUUGAGAAGGUCCAGGUUGCGGAAUUCCCGCUGCGCGGCCAGCCAGGCACCUGGCGCUCGCAGAUUUCCCGGCGCAGCCUCUGGGCCCCGGUCCCAGGGGUUUUGACAAACCUGGAACGCCUCGAUGACAUUGUCUUCAGCUCGCAUUCGUACUUUGUCGGCCUCGUGGAGUACCUCCAGAAACUCUCCGAGCGGGAGUCGUCAUACUCCCAAAGCCACCAGCGGUCGCAGAAACUCCAGGCUGGCUGGCCGUCGGACCUGUCCAACGAUGUGAACGUCUUCUUCGAUGGCUUCCACUCGCAGAUGACGCAGAUCGCUCAAAUCCAUCUGCUCAAGCACCAGCACAUCCAGCGCGAGGUUAACCUCAUCGGCGACCUUGAUGAAUUGAUCCAGGAUGUGAGUGAUCUCCGCGGCGAGCUGCCCUGGAUGCUGGAAUACCUGAUCACCUGCCAAGAAAACUUUCUCCAAGCGCUGGACCGUCUGGACCGAUCGAUGCAGGCCGUCGGGCAGUGCUAUUCUCGGAGCGAGUCCUCCUGCGAGCGCCAUGAGAAUGCCCUGAACAUGAACAUCCAGUACAAUGCCGCACAGGAAUCUCGCCUGCAGGCCGACACUCAGCUCGAGCGCGGCAUCUAUGAAGGCAACGUCGUCAUCGACCCGCAGGCGGCCACCGGGGACCAAGUCCUGGCUGUGCGCUCGUCUGGCUCCGGCACCGGGGCGACUGAGGACCUGCAGCAGCUGAGCUCCACCCUGGCUGCCGGCAGCCCGCUCUUCCGUGAGACUCCGGAGACCAAAGUCGAGCUGUUCUUCAGUGCCAAUGGGACCCCGCCCGUGGCGACGGCGGAUUCCCUGGGUCGCAGUGCGUCGGGGACUCUGGCCUUCCCCCGCGCCGAGGCCAAUCCGAUGGUCGCCAGUGACGCGCCUCUUGCCAUGCCCUCCUCGACAAACACAAGCACCAUGAGCCUGCUGAGCGGCCUGCUCAAUCAGAGCACCUUUGGCAUGUUGGAUCGCAUUCGCUUUGACCGGCCGGCCGAGUUGCGUAGCUCCACCUCCUCCACAGGAAGCGCGGCCUCCAUAAUCUCCACCUCGGCCCUCGGGGCAUCGGAUGGCCUCGACACCGGGGAAAUCCCGGUCGACCAGGAAUUCCUGGCCGGCAUGGCUCCCCAGUAUAUUGCGGACAUCCGUGACGGCAAGCUUACCCUCGAUGCGGAUCCCUGGAUCGCGCGCAUCCUCGUCAAGAACAAGUAUAUCGAGCUGCAGAAUGCGGAGAUCCUCCUGAACAAGUUCCUCAAGAGUCUUCUCCACGAGUGGCACCGGAUUCAGCUCUUCCUCACCGAGCGCCUGGUGUCCAUCAUUCGCAUGCUGAGCAUGAACUUCCUCCCGGCGCCGGCCAACUUCCACCAGAUUCCAUUCAAUGUGGAUGAGCUUUUUGGGAAUCCGCUCUUCUUCCGGACGCCCUCCUUUUCGGCCAUCCCAAUCCCCGACGUCAAGCAGGUCCAUGUCGCUCAGUCGUCAAUCGCUCACUACCGCACGUCCUCGAGCUCGAACAACAAGCGCUGCCGCGUGUAUCUCACCCGGUAUAAGAACUGCGCUUUCCUUCACAUUGGGGAAGAGAGCAUGCCCACCGGUGGUAACCAACUGGAUCUCAGCUCGCUGCAUGCCACUCUGCCCAUUUUCAAGGGGAAUUUCAAGAUGUCCGUCAACAAGUUGACUCACGAGCUCGAGCUCUCGGUCAACGUCACGCGUCGAUAUGGCUUCAUGAGUCUCGGCCUGACAAGCGGUGGCUCUGGACCUUUCAUCAAGAGCGUGACUUUGGCAAUGUCCGUCUUUCACCUGGAGACUUUCUACAUCGAUCUCCUGCCCUACACCACCGAUCCUUGAACUGGGCACCCUCCUCUCCCCUUGCCUCCCUCCCUCCCUCGCCUCCCAUCCUCUCCCUCUGUCUCCCUCUCUCCAAUCCACUCAUAUAGAUCUGUGUGUUGGACUUUGUCCUGCUGUUCGGUCUUUUCAAUCUUUGUACAUUGUCCUCCCUCUUCCACAGGACAGACCCCCUGAGCAGACAUUUCCG